UCCAUUGCAUUUUUUCUGUGGCAUUGCCCAGCCGGAACUAAAUUGUGACUAAUGUAUACAGUUCUGUCCGUGAUAUUAAACUUACCUACCCUAAUCUAGAAAUGGACUUUGAUUACGGACAUGUGUGAACUUAUAAUCAUUGUUUUGAACCGCAAGAUAUGAACGAUAUGGCAAAUGGUUCAUAUUCGUUCGCUAGCGAUAACGUUUUCCAAGAAUAUUUGAAGUAGUAGUUCAAUGUCAGUCAGUUUUGAAUUUUGGCCCCUCCAUUUACAAAUAAAUUACGCAUCCAUAUUUAUUCGGCUUGCAUAUUCUUGCAUAUAAAUUUUGUGAAGUUUUUUAUUUGGUUAUAGUUUAUCAUAUUGACUACUUCCGCGAUUUUUAAAAAUCUUAGUUUCUUUUUUUGUUAUGCUGUUAGUUAACUAUAGAACGUUUAAAUAUGUCAUUAAAACUUAAAUUAAACUUUGCUGAAAUAAAUUAUUCCAAAAAUAUGGAAUUCCUAAAAACAUUAAUUUUGAAUAUAGUGUUGUUUUUCCUAAGAAAAGUUCGUGAUGCAGUCGAUUAUUUUUCGGAAAUCGUGUUUGGCUGGAUUUACCAAGGAAAACAUGUAAAAUUACCUCGUAUUAAAGAUCAGUGUUUAUUGGAACCAGCACAUAUUGUAGCAGCUAAAAUACGGCGUAGACAACUUACAAGUAGUGAAGUAAUAAAAGCUUACAUUCAUCGCAUCAAGGAAGUUCAACCAAUAGUAAAUGCCAUAGUAGAUGACAGAUUUUCAGAAGCUAUUUUAGAAGCUCAAGCCAUUGAUGAGUUCUUGAAAGGCACUUUGAAAACAGAAGCAGAACUAGCUGAAGAAACACCAUUUCUUGGUGUACCUGUGACAAUUAAAGAAGCAAUAGCUGUAAAAGGUUGUUUAUUCACUGUUGGACUACCUGCAAGGAAAGGCGUAAGGGCUGAAAUAGAUUCUGAUGCUGCUACACGAUUAAAGAAAGCUGGGGCCAUACCAAUUGCUGUUACCAUUACGCCAGAACUCUGCUUUUGGUGGGAAUCAUAUAAUACACUUUAUGGUAGAUGCUGUAAUCCAUAUGAUACUACCAGAACAGCUGGAGGAAGCAGUGGAGGUGAAGGCUGCAUUCUUGGAUGUGCAGGUUCUGUGAUUGGUGUUGGCAAUGAUAUUGGAGGAAGUAUUCGUAUUCCUGCUUGUUUUAAUGGAGUGUUUGGACAUAAACCAAGCAGAGGUGUAGUUAGCAAUUAUGGACAGUAUCCUCCUGCUGGACCAUCUCUUCAAAAAUAUUUAAUAGCUGGACCUAUGUGCAGAUAUGCUUCAGAUCUAUUACCAAUGAUGAAAGUUUUAAGUGAUCAAAAAUUUUUAAAGUUGGACAGUAAAGUAAAUUUUAGCGAUUUGAAAAUCUUUUUUAUGGAAAAUGAAGGUGGCAAUCCAUUUGUAUCUGCUGUCCAUCCAGAAAUACUGGAAGCUCAAUCAAGAUUGAUGCAAUAUUUCAAAGAAACCUAUGGUAUAGAACCAGUGAAGGUAAAGAUUCCCCAUGUAGUACACAGUUUUGAAAUCUGGUCCAAAAUUAUUACUGCAUCUGGUAUGAAUCCAUCCUAUGAAAUGACUGGCCGUGCAGGUGAACCUGAUCUUGCAUGGGAAAUUCUUAAAUGGUGUAUUCCUGGUUGCUCAGAUCACGUUCUUCCUGUUCUGGUUUCUGCUGUCUUUAAUAAGAUCUGGGCACCUGAAAAUGAGAAAGAUGCAAUGAAAUAUUUCAAGAUGAUGUAUGCUAUGGAAGAAUAUUUUAAGGAUCUUCUUGGAAAGAAUGGAAUAUUUAUAUAUCCUACAAGUCCAGAUUUACCUCCAUACCAUGGACAACCUUUAUUAAAACCCUUCAGUGUUUCUUAUACUGCAAUUUUCAAUCUUUUGGGACUACCAGUUAGCCAGUGUCCACUUGGCUUAAGUAGUAAUGGUCUGCCCAUUGGUCUUCAAAUUGUUGGAAAUCAUUACUGUGAUCAUAUCACCAUUGCCGUGGCUGAAGAAAUUGAAAAAGUGUUUGGUGGUUGGAUCUGCCCUUAAGUUAAAAAAACUGAUGAAUGUAUUUCAAAUAAUGCAGAAUAUACGACUGUCUUUCUUUUUAUUUUAUGUAGCUUUGAUGUUCUUUAUAUGUACAUAUGUUAACAGUUUCAACCUUGUUUAGUCAUUUAUUGAAAAUGGUUUGGCUGAGUUGUUAAGUUUUUUUAAUUUUAUAAUAUUGGGACCAAAUUGCUACCAGUUACAAAGAUUUAUAUAUUAUAGAUGUUACUGGAAAAACAAUUGUUUUAUUUUAAAACAUUUAAAAGAAUGUUAUGCAUAAAGUGAUAUGAGCUCAACAUGGUAGCAGAAUUUACCAUUGUAUUAGAAACAAGAAAAUGCAUAAAAUACUUUGCUCUUUCAUUUUCUGUAUCUAUAUAUAUAUAUAAUAUGUUAUAAUAAUGAAUAGUUUUUCUUCUAGUCAAAUUAUUUAAUUCUCUGUAGUCAAAUCAAUAGCUUUAACCACUUAAUUCUUAUAUAUAUAUAUAAUGUUAUCUUUUUAUCAGCUUACUAAAUCAGUAUGUAUUUAAUGUUUUUAACAUUUUGAUGUAGAUGUGAUUAAUUUAUAAAUAAUAUGAAAUGUCCUUUUUUACAAGCAUGAAAUUAUACGAUAUACUUUCAAAAUUAAAUCAAUUUUUAACCUUUUCUAGCCAUAUUCAAAUAGCUGCAUAAUGAAUUGAUCCAGAUAUGUUCAAUUAGACUUGCAAAAAUUUAUUAAAAUAAGACAUUCUUGUAUGUUCUCCUAGAAUAAAAAAAAAUCUUAAAUUUGCAUGAUAUAGGACAAUAAUCUAUUGCUUAAGGUUCUUCUGUUUUUUUAGAUUUUUUUUUGUUUGUUUUAUUUUGUGGAUUAAAAAGUUUUGCAAUUUUUGGUAAAAACUAAAUUAAAAUUUUUUUUAAUAUUCAGGGGUUUUUUUUUCCCCCUUAAUUUGGACAGCAGUGCUGCAUAAAAAUAGGGAAAAGUAAUAAAGUUAUAUUUCAACUUUAAUUGAUUGGAAGUUUAAGGCUAUUCAUUUAUCUAUUAAUUUAUUACUUUUCAUUUAAGAAUAUACUAUAGUAUAAGAUUUCUUUAAUUUUUUCCCCCUCUUUGAUGUUUGCUUUAGACCAAAAUAUCGUCCUUGACUACUGUGACUAAUCAAAAAUAUAAAAUAAGGAAUGAAAAUUAAAAGCAUCUCAUUCUUGUUAUUAUUUUAUAUUCUAAUUACUUUUAUAGUUUAUUUUUGUGGUGCAAAAAUUGAUCAGCUUCUAUCAGUGAUAAAUUUACUUAAAUAUAUCAUCUCUUCUUUUAAAAGUUAACUUCUAUUGUAGUUUUAUAGUCUUCAAACAAUGUUUAUGCACCUAUACUUCAAUCUUCAAAAGUUUAUCUUGUUACUGAACAUCCUUAGGAAGUUUUUUAAAAUGUUUUGAAUCAGACAAUUUUUGCAAUUGUUUGUGUCAAAAAAAUUUUUUUUUUAAGAUUUGUAGUAUAUGUUUUAUAUAUUAGUGACAUCUUUUAGUAAAAAUCAUAAUGUUAAAAUUUGAAAUAUGAUCCUAUUGGAGUGAUUAACAAUGAUUUUAGGUCACUAGGUUGCUAUUAUAAUGAUAUUUUUAAUCAGAACAUGUAUUGUGUGAUAGUAUAAUAUAUUAUAUAUUAGUGAUAGUGUUCAAAAUUUUAAAUAUCUUUUUAAUGUUAAAAAUUCUGAAAUUACUU